UUGAACUUGGGUGCAUAGCAAAUUGUUUUCCCCCGAGCACAUUGAUGGUGUGAAAGAAUUUAUGAGCUUCAUUCCAGAAAAAUUCAGUGGUAAGGUUGAAAUUCUAUGCCCAUGUAGUAGAUGCCUUAAUCAGAAGUAUCAAUGUCAGGUUGUAGUGAAGAAGCACAUAUUGAUGAAUGGAAUGAACAGUAGUUAUACUCGAUGGUUUCAUCAUGGAGAGAACUUGGAUGAAGAUGUUAUUGAUGAUCCUGUUGGUGUGCAUGACAUAGAUAUGAUAGAUGAUGACAACUAUGGUGUUGAUCCCUUAGAAGCUAUUUUAGGAGACCUAAACACUGCAGAAGAAUAAACAAGACAUGAUGGAGAAAAUUUGGAACCUGAUGCAGAACCUGGUGAACAAGAUUCAUUUUUCAAAAUAGCCAUGAGAGAGGCAAAGCGUCAACUUUAUCCUGGUUGUACAAAGUUCUCAAGGUUCUCCUUUGUGGUAAAGCUACUUCAUAUGAAGUCUUAAUAUAGGAUAAGCAAUUCUACUUUUUCUGCGGUAAUGAAGCUAUUGGCUGAAGCAUUCCCAGAAUGGAAUACACUUCCAAAAUCAUAUAAUGAAGCAAAGAGUCUUCUAAAGAAAUUAGGUCUUGGAUAUGAAUCAAUACAAUGUGCUACAAUAAUUGUGCGCUAUUCAGAAAGAAAUAUGCCAAGCUUGACAAUUGCCCUGUUUGUGGUCUGUCAAGAUGGAAAGACCCAGGAAGGAAGAAUAUACCACAGAAAGUGUUGCGGCAUUUUCCAUUGGCACCUAGGCUAAAAAGAAUGUUUGCAACCAAAGAAGCAUCAGAGGAAGCACAAUGACACAAGUUAAACAUGCAGCCUAGUGAGAAGGAAAUGAGCCAUCCAGCUGACGGCGAGGCAUGGAAACAUUUCGACCAAGUAUAUCCAGAUUUUGCCAAUGAUGCAAGAAAUCUUAGACUUGGACUUGCUACUGAUGGGUUCAAUCCUUUUUUAGAACAGAACUCAAGAUACAGCAUGUGGCCUAUAUUUAUUGUGCCAUACAACCUUCCACCUUGGGCAUGCAUGCAGGAGUCAAACUUUAUGAUGGCUUUGCUUAUUCCAGGACCUAAAUCACCUGGAAAGGACUUUGAUAUAUUUUUAGAGCCUCUUAUAGAAGAUUUACUUGAGCUUUGGAAGGGUGUGCGAACUUUUGAUGCUAUUACUCACAAGACAUUUAGUCUUCGUGCUGCAGUUUUGUGGUGCAUCCAUGACUACCCAGCUUUGAGUACUCUUUCAGGGCGUACAACAAGAGGCUAUUUUGCAUGUACUCAUUGUGACAAGCACACUCUUUCAUACAGCCUAAGGAGCAAAAUUGGCUAUAUUGGGCAUUUUCGAUUCCUCCCAAAAGGACAUCGAUUGUGGAGAAACAAUGAGUAUGUUGGACUAUAGAAGAGCUGCUGGCUGAACUAGAGAAAGUAAAAGAUGUUAGACCUGGGAAGCAACAAGAAUGUGGGAAGAGGAAGCGUUGUGAUAUGGAAGGGCAUCAUGUGGGGCGAAUUUGGAGUCGGAUGGUUAGUUUAUGGCAGUUACCAUAUUGGAAAAUUUUGACCCUGAAACAUAAUCUUGUUGUCAUGCAUAUUGAGAAAAACAUAUGUGAGGCCCUCAUUGGGACAAUUUUGAACAUAGUGGGGAAGACAAAGGAUACAGCUAAAGCUAGGCUUGAUCUGAAAGAUUUGGGAAUUAAAGAGGAGCUGCAAUUUAGAGAGGAUGGUGAGAUGCCUCGUGCUCGUUAUACCUUGUCCACAAAACAAAAGGAGGCCUUUUGUAAAUUUUUACAGGAGUUGAAGUUUCCUGAUGGCUUUGCUUUCAACAUCUCAAGAUGUGUCAAUGCUGAUGGAACCAAGGUACAAGGGCUAAAAACACAUGAUUGUCACAUUCUUUUGCAAAGAAUCUUACCAGCUGCCAUGAGAGGAUUUUUGGACAAGGACAUUUAUGGAGCAAUAGCGGAGUUAGGGAAGUUUUUCAAGGAAUUGUGCAGCAGAACACUUGACAAGGAUGUAUUGGCUGAAAUGAAGAAAGAGAUCCCUAUUAUUUUGGUGAAGCUUGAGAAAAAUUUUCCCCCUGCUUUCUUUGAUGUCAUGGUGCACCUUGCUGUCCAUUUACCUGAUGAAGCAUUACUUCGAGGUCCUGUGCAAUAUGGUUGGAUGUACCCAAUUGAAAGGCGGUUGUACACUUUGAAACGCUAUGUGAGGAAUAGGGCACGGCCAGAAGGCUCAAUUGCCGAGGCAUAUAUUGCUGAUGAAUGCUUGACAUUUUGCUCUAAAUACAUGGAUGGUGUUGAAACAAGAUUUAAUCGGGAACCGAGGAAUAAUGGUUUUUCUAAUGAAGAGGCAUAUGAUGUUGACGUUUUUGGGCAUGGAGUUCAUUUUACUUCCGCAUCUGAACUCCAAUAUGAUGAAAAUGGUUUUGAUCAAAUGGUGUGAAUGUUCAGAGAUGAAUUAGAGAGAGAAGGGGUGCCUAACAUUGAAAGAAAGAUUCGGAUAGGAUUUCAAACUUGGUUCCGGAAACAUAUCAUGAGUUUGCAGGAUACUCAUCAAGAAGAGGUGUCUGAUGAUAUCUUUUCCUUGGCAUGUGGUCCUGAUUUCAGAGUCAAGAAAUACACCUCAUGCAUAGUGAAUGGUGUGAGGUUCAACACUGUUGAUCAUGACAAGAAUAAGAAAACACAGAAUAGUGGAGUCAUGACACAAGGUACACACAAUGGUCAGUUCAUUGAUUUUUAUGGAACCCUGAAAGAGAUAAUUGAGUUAGAAUAUAAUUCUGAAGAGAGGACAAUUGUUUUGUUUAAAUGUGAUUGGUUUAAACUUGAUGGGAAGAAUACUGAACUUCAAUAUGAUGGCUUCUUUAAAAGCAUCAAUGUUGGAAGUGUGUGGUAUAAGGAUGAUUCUUUGAUUUUGGCCACUCAGGCUAGAAAGGUCUUCUAUUUGCCAGACACAAAGUUGGGUAAAAAAUGGCAAAUUGUCUAGACAUAUGACCAUAGGCAUCUUUACAAUGUAAGGGAAACCGAGUCUGCACAAUAUGUUGCUCCCGCAUAUCAAGAGGAUGAAUGUUGUGAUGGGGACGAAAGGCGAGAAGCAGUGAUAGACAUAACAUAUGAUAUUCCUCUGAAUAGAAAUGAUGACCGAGGCCCUAUUUUUGAUGCUGCUGAAAUUGCUCGAUUGGUUAAAGAAUGUCACAGAGGGCCUCAGACUCAUGGUGAAGAAGGGCAUCAGAGUAUUGAGGAAGAGGAAGAAGAUGACACACUUCUGGAGUAUUGUAGUAAUGAUGAAGGAGGUGCUACACUUGAUGUUGACAGUGAUGAUGAAUAAAUACUACCAAUUAGCCAUUAUUGUUUUCUAUGUAGAAUUUGUAAUAUUGUGAUGAUGAGACCCAUGUAAUGGAAUUCACAUGACCAUUUGAGAC